UCCUCCUCCGAGGUUUGAGCGACUCCAUUGCCGUGUUUUGUGAUGAGCCAUUGUCCGCCAGUGUUUGAUCCAUUCCGGCGAUUUCUUCCCGCUCAAAGCCGAUCUUGCUGCAGGGAGGAGCGUUGGAGUGCAGUUGAGCCGAGCGGAGCAUCACAGCCCGCAUUCAAGGAAACGGGCAAACACAGCACUUUUCUUUGACUUUCCGUAAUGUUCUGCCGUCCGCGCAGCACACGCCUCUAACACGAAGAAACAGGUGUAUUCGAUGGGGACCCUAAUGGAGGCCGUUUGCCUUUGAGAAACUGGGAAUCUCUGCCCAGUCCAGGGAGAACCCCCCCACCGCCUCCCUCCUCAAUUGUUUCCUGCGCCAAGAACUGUAAAGACAUGGUGAUUACACCGCAUCUGUGAUGAACAGCAAGCAGUGAGACAGUGUCAGAGGAUGCUCCUGAUCUGCAGGGCUCAGUGCUGAGGGAGGUCUACGGAGCCAACUGGUGACCACCAUGUCUCACCACCAGCAUUACCAGCGAGGCCCCCACGGCCGCACUAUGAGCUCUGAGGAGCGAAGCUCCACGCUAGUCAACAAGACCUCCACACCGGUUCACAAGAGCGCUUCUUCCUCUUCCUCUUCCCAGCGCGACAGCCGGCAGGAGACAGACAACUGGGAAAUCAUUGAGGGCCUGAAAAUUGGUCAGAGCAACGUCCAGAGGCCUGAUAAACACGAGGGUUUUAUGUUGAAGAAGCGGAAAUGGCCCCUGAAAGGCUGGCACAAGCGGUUUUUUGUUCUGGACAAUGGUAUCCUGAAGUACUCCAAGUCCCCCAUUGAUAUCCAAAAAGGCAAACUUCAUGGCAGCAUCGACGUCGGCCUCUCAGUCAUGUCCAUCAAGAAGAGGGCCCGUCGCAUCGACCUGGACACUGAGGAGCAUAUCUAUCACCUGAAGGUCAAAUCUCAAGACAUUUUUGACGCCUGGGUGUCCAAGCUGCGUCAUCACCGGCUCUACCGACAGAAUGAGAUUGUGCGAUCCCCCCGGGAGGCCACCAUGCGAACUUUCCCUCCCCCAGCUGCUACUGAGUCCCCCCAGCCUGCCUCGAGUGUGGUACGUGAAGCCAAGACAGAACAAGCACAUCUCACCCUACAGCAGGCCAAGCCGAGCAGCCUGCCAUGGCAGCCGGUGGCCCCCAGCAGCAGCAGCAACAGCAGCCUGCCUGCUUCCUACAGUAACGGCCAGAGCAAGGUGGCGGCUUGGCUGCAGGAAUCGGAGGAGAUGGACAAGUGCGCAGAGGAGCUCGCACGAUGCCAAUCCAACCUGACCGAGCUGAGCCGGUUAUUGCAGAGUCUGGAGAUUCUGCAAAGGACACAAUCAGCACCCAACUUCACAGACAUGCAGACCAAUUGUGUUGAAUUGUCAAAGAAAGAAAAGCGCUUGAACAGAAGAUGGAGAACAAAAAGUGUCGGCAAAGAUGCAAAAUUCCAGCUUCAGGUCCCUCUGUCUGCCAGCAUGUCCCCCAUCCGCCUCCACUCAUCCAACCCUAACCUCUGUGCCGAGCUGGUGGACUUUCAGCCCCCCGUCUCCCGGCUGACAGACAGCGUCGAGUGUGCCAGUGACUACAUUAAACUUCAGGAGGAAUUCUGCACCAUCGCUCAGAAAGUCCACUCUCUGCUGAAGUCGGCCUUCAACACAGUGGCCAUAGAGAAAGAAAAGAUCAAACAGAUUCUCUCUGACCAGGAGCAGUCAGACCAGUCAGCCCAGAUCAACUCUCUCAGGAAGUCUCUGUCACAGGCCCUGUCCCAAAACGCAGAACUCCGAACCAGACUCAACCGCAUCCACUCUGAAUCUGUCCUGACUGAACAAGUUGUCAGUGUGAACAUCAUCUCCUCGCCUGACGAGGCUGGGGAACAGAUGGGGAUCCCUCUGACUCAGCAGGCCUCUAAUGAGAGCCGACUCUCCAUGUCGGAGUCCGUCUCUGAGUUCUUUGACGCCCAGGAAGUGCUUCUGUCAGCCAGCUCAUCGGAGAAUGAGGGCUCAGACGAUGAGUCAUAUGUCAGCGAUGUGAGUGAUAACAUUUCAGAGGACAAUGCCAGCGUGACUGAUAACGUCUCCAGACAAAUGGCCAAUGGGGACUUUGCUGGCAGUGCCUUCCGUAACGGGCGGCGCACUUGCCUGCCGGCGCCCUGUCCCGACACCAGCAACAUCAACCUCUGGAACAUCUUGAGAAACAACAUCGGCAAGGACUUGUCCAAAGUGUCCAUGCCUGUGGAGCUCAACGAGCCCCUCAACACCCUGCAGCGCAUGUGUGAAGAGCUGGAGUACAGCGAGCUGCUGGACAAGGCUGCCGAGACUGAGGAUCCAUUUGAACGCAUGGUUCUCGUCGCUGCUUUUGCCAUCUCAGGCUACUCGUCCACUUACUACAGAGCAGGAAGUAAGCCAUUCAACCCGCUUCUUGGAGAGACUUAUGAAUGUAUUCGGGAAGACAAGGGCUUCUGUUUUUUCUCAGAGCAGGUGAGCCACCACCCCCCCAUCUCCGCCUGCCACUGUGAGUCUAAGAACUUCACCUUCUGGCAAGACAUGAGAUGGAAAAACAAGUUCUGGGGAAAAUCGAUGGAGAUUUUACCAAUCGGGUCGGUGAAUCUCAUGAUUCCAAGGUUUGGAGAUCACUAUGAAUGGAAUAAAGUCACCACCUGCGUACACAACAUCCUCAGUGGACGACGGUGGAUCGAACACUACGGCGAGAUCACCAUCAGAAACACAAAGAGCAGCGCCUGCCUCUGCAAACUUACCUUCGUCAAGGGAAACUACUGGAGUUCUAAUGUGAAUGAGGUCCAAGGAUUUGUGAUGGAUCAAGAAGGAAAAGUGAUCCACAGGCUGUUUGGAAAAUGGCACGAGGGCCUUUACUGCGGUGUCCCACCUUCUGCCAAAUGCAUCUGGAGGCCAGGCUCGAUGCCCACAGACUAUGAGCUGUACUAUGGCUUCACCAGGUUCGCCAUUGAACUGAACGAACUGUGCCCUGAGUUGAAAGAUGUUUUGCCCCGUACAGAUUCCCGAUUCAGGCCUGAUCAAAGGUACCUGGAGGAGGGAAACUUGGAGAUGGCAUCCUCAGAGAAGCAGCGCAUUGAGGACCUGCAAAGAACCAGGAGGAAGUGGAGAGAGGAGAACGGCAUCAAACAGGAGCCAUGCUUCUUCAAGUUUCACUGGUCACAACUGUCACUUCUCCCUCUAUUUUCUUCUAGGAAAGUGGUUGAUGCCAACCACAGGGAGAGGUGGGUCUCCAACAACACGUACUGGGAGCUUCGCAAAAACCCCGGCUUCAUCAACAUGGAAUAUACAGUGAACCUGUGGUAGCAAACAGCUCGACGUGUUCGUCAGAUCGUCAUCGUCUGACAAGAAGGCUGUUACCUAUGCACAAUAAGGUGUUAAAAGAGAAACAUGUUAAAGUUUAAACAUCUCUGUGCAUGGACUGCAGAGCUGAGGGAUGACCCCAUGCCUAGCAACCCUGUCGAGGUUCUGUGGCAUUGCCACAUGGUCAUCCAUCGAUGGAAACAUCCUGUAGGAUCACCUUUAUUGUGCUUGUUGAAGUUGGGCUGUCAGGGCAACAAUCAUACCACUCCUAUGUAGAUCCUUCCUCAGCUCCUUUGACUUCUGAGUAUGUCCUUGCCUUAAAAAGACACCCAUACGACGUCACACCAUUUAGCGCUUUUUCGUUCAAGCCAUUUGAUUUCUGACAGCAGUUUUGGGUUAGACUAGUCUACGAAGUUUUGAUCACCUACUAUACCGUGCAUGUUUAGAGAGCAGCUUUCACUGGCAUAAAGCCGUAUUUAUCAUCAAUUAUUGUAGAGAAAAAAAAGAGGUAUUUUUAUAAAAUAUCUUGGAUUCAGAAUUUAGUGAAAUAGCAUUAUGUAAACUGGCAGAUUUUUAUUUAUUUUUGCCUUUUAAUACUGUUGAAUCUGUAUGAUGGCAGUACUUUCUCUUGGGACCCAACUCAUUUAAAAUGAAUCGCGACCACAGCAGAGGAAGUACGACAGAUGGAAUUUUUGAUGAAUAUUUUCAAACAGUGGCAUGCAAAGCUCAUCACGUGGUGGAAAGACAAGUAAGAUCCAAAUGUAAAUCCCAUUCUGCUGUUUUGGACAUGUGAUGUGGGACACACCUACGACCUUUACACGCUUUUCUCUUACAGAUCUGUCAUAGAGUCCAGUUUCUCUUCACACUGGAAUCUAGUGUAAAUAGAGGGACAACCUCACCAGUCUUCCCCUGCCCUACUGUCUAAUUUUAAACAUCGUGACACGAAGCCAACUCCUUGGAAUCACAUGGUUACAUAAAUACACACAACUCCCUCCAUAUAUGGCGGGCACACAGUCAGACUCCCUUCCUGAAUGUGGAGCAGAUAAAUGUGGACUAAUUCAAACACCAGACACUCGUCCAAAUCAGAUGUCUAAGAAAAGUAGGUUGCACAGAUUGUAAUGCCCUCGGAACUUUUAUGACAUGUGAGCAAACAUUUCCAGUAUGAGGCUAUCAGAAUUAUUAAAAAUUCAACAAAGUAUUCAUUUUCUACAAUGACAUAAUCCAGUCCACCAAGGCCCAAAGCAACGUCUUAAAUUUACAUGCUUAUUCUGACUAACAACCAAAAAUUCAAAUUCAAAAUCAUAUAAAAACUAAUAAGAGGAGUAAACUUUUUCUCACUGGAAGGAACUGUUUUGGUAUCUUUCUUGAUAAAAUACCUAUAUUAUUAACCAGUUAUCAGAACAGGAAGACGUUUUCUUUAUCAGCCAAAACCACUCAGUCCAUUAUGAGACAGCAGUGCCCCCUACAGGUCAUCCCGUGAAAAUGAAAUCUCAUGAUGCUGAAGGUCAACCAUAUUAACAAGGGAAUCUGCCCUUUUUUUGUCCUUCAGUGUUCGAGAUGGGACAGCCGAAUACGUCUGUACAGUAACAGUUGUACUGCACAGGAGUCAAAGUUGAUAUUUUAAUGUGUCUGAUCCCACAGAGACUUUACGGCUAUGAUCAAAGCACUGGUUAAUUAUUAUUAGUUUGUGUGUUUAAUGCAAAGCAGAUAAGCUUUAAUGUUUCAACUAGUGUCCCUGCUUUUGUGUUACAAAGCAAGAAAACACAGGGCUUUCGGCUAAAAUCAACCCCAACUCACACACACACAAAUAGUCACAUGUUGAUUCCCCUCAGCCAGGACUGCAGGGUGAAGACACUGAAGGGGACAAGGAGUCAAUAUAAAUAUGUAGAAUGAAAAGCUAUGUGAGGCAAAUCCAUUGUGUGCUCUGUUCAUAUAUGGUACUGUAGAUGACAAACCAAAAAGGUAGUCCUGCUUUGCACCCAUAUCAUUUUUUAAUAUACUUAUGUGCUUUUUUUUAUGUUCACCCUCAAUUACAAACAAACAAAGCUACAACACAUCAGCGUAAGUUUCACUUGCUGUGCCUUAAUGCAUUUAUUAAUGCCUCACAAACACACUACUGAUAAGAAUCCCCAUGCCAAGAAGGUAUGCCAUUAACAACUCUGCACAUUACCCAGUUUUCACCUGCCUAAGAUAAAUUAUAUCAAUAGACAAUGUUUAGGAUUUAGCUGUGGACAAACGGCUUACAUUUUUAAGCAAGAGGUCUUUGAAAUAAGGAGAGGGGGAAAAAAGGUUUAUUUGACUGUAAAAUGCUUGCAGUGUUAAAAAGAUCUCUUGCACUGCUCUGUUACUAAUACAAUUUUUGGUGAUCACUGUAAAUACAGCACAUUUAGAAGAUGGGUCACUACUGCAAAAGGUGAUUCCUUUUUUUUUUCCCCUUCCUGCGCCAGUGACUGAAAUCACAGCAGUUAGGCGAGGAGGUAGGGGUAAUGCUAGUUUGUGUAGUCAGGCUAUAGUGAAAAAAUACUCAUGAAAACCUCCUCAUGCUUUCCUCAUCCAUUGUUCUACCUGCAUGUCUAGAAAACUUAGCCUGCCAAUGAAUGUUGCAGAUGCCUUACAAAAAAAGAUUUUUAUUUAUUCUUUUUUUUUUUUUUUCUCAAUUGGAUUCUCAUGUGUGCUUUUGUUUUGGAGAUUGCCAUGUAUCACAGAGCACUGUGUCAGCUCAGUUUCUUUCAGAUCUAUUUCCCAAUGGGUACCUUCUAAAGUGCAAUUUUAACAAAGUACAUAUCUUUCCAUGAACACUGUACACGGCUGCUACAUAGUGCUUGUUCUAAUAAAAAAACGGUAAAACUCA